AUGACCUUGGAUGGGCCAUGGAAUCAUUAUUGGUUCCAGGGUACACAAAACUUUGCAUUGGAGCUGGAGAUGCAAGAUUUUGUUGCCAGAGAUAUGAAUCUAGAUGUGGACUCAAGUUUGGGUCAGGUUGUGGGAUGGUGGUCUGAUGCUGGUCAGCCCAACCCUGGUUCAAGGGGCUGGCCCCUUGGUGUAAUAAUUAAUAAUCAAAUAUGUCCAGGGGGGGGGGUUUGGGGCACAGCCCCAGGCUCUCCACAGGAGUGGGGCUUGGGGCAAUGCCCCAAUGGCUCUCCGCAGGAGCAGGGGUUCAAGGGCUGGCUGGCCCCUUGGUGCAUAAAUAAUUAUUUCUUUAGCACAUGGGGAACAAUAAUAACAAGGAUGACAUUGCAUGGGGCGGAGCCCCAAUGGGGUCUGGGGCAAUGUAAGGUUGUUAAGGUGGAGUUCGCAAGUGAUCUCACGAUAGUCAAGUGUUGCCUCACACUCCCAGUCUGUCAGAUAUACACUAUAUUAUCAAUGGGGGAGUAA